AUGGUAGAGGAACUGUCCAUAGAGCGAAGAACGAGGUGGCUUGCCGCCAUUACUCGUGACAAACUAACAGAAGCAAUCCUGCGAAACGAUCGCGUUUGCAGUCGACAUUUUGUUUCGGGACGUCCUGCAGCCAGUUGGCAUAAAUUUAAUAUUGACUGGGUUCCCACUCUGAAUCUGGGACACUCUAAGAAAGCAGCUAGCGACGAAGAUCGUCAACGAAGAGACAUCGAACGGGCAGAAAGAGCGAAGGUACGACGCAAACGCCAACACGAAGAAGAGCUGAAAGUAACUGCUGCCAAAUUAGCCAAACUCGAUGAGCCUGGAGAACUUGUCAAAGAAUGUUUCAGUGAGGAACAGAAUUACGAGCAGUCUGCACCAUACGAUGCUGAAAAUGUUGAAGAAAGUGCCACGACAGACGCCAUGACACAGAAUGAUAUUGAUACCGUUUUGAACGAGUUGGAAAGUCUGCUUAUCGACUCCAGCACUCAAACAGAAUUCCCAAAUAAGUCUGAAAGCUGUGAGUCAAGCACUCAGACAGAGGAGUUUGACUACAUGUUUAAACAAUGUUCAUGUAAGCCACCUUUUGACGCCGAAGAUAUGGAGGACGACAACAAAGUUAGGUUCUACACCGGACUAGCUGAAGCUAAAACUUUACAAAUUCUCUUCGAAUAUGUUUCACCGUACGUUCAACGAAAAUCACAAACAUUGACUAAAUUUCAAGAGAUGGUUAUGGUAUUGAUCAAAUUGAGACUAAAUGUGCCAUUUCAAGACUUGGCCUUUCGAUUCGGGGUCUCAGCAUCAACAGUAUCAAGGACAUUCAGCACUUGGAUUGGCAUUAUGGAUAGCAGACUCAAAAGACUCAUCUACUGGUCAGAGCGACAGGAGCUAUGGAACACAAUGCCCAAAUGUUUCCAUUAUUCUUUUGGGAACAGAACAACUGUGAUUAUUGACUGUUUUGAAGUAUUUAUUGAACGUCCCACAAACCUACUAGCAAGAGCCCAAACAUUUUCCUCAUAUAAACAUCAUAACACAAUUAAAGUGCUCAUUGGAAUAACUCCACAAGGUACCAUAUCAUUCCUGUCUAAUGCAUGGGGMGGACGGACGUCUGAUAAAUUUCUAACUGAAAACUGUGGAAUACUUGAAAAACUUGUACCAGGGGACAUGGUCAUGGCAGAUAGGGGAUUCACAAUCCAAGAAAGUGUUUCAUUAAAAAGGGCAGAACUAGUCAUCCCAGCAUUCACCAAAGGCAAGACUCAGCUUGAUCCAAUGGAUGUUGAAAGAACAAGAGGAAUUGCAAAUGUACGUAUUCACGUAGAAAGAGUAAUUGGCCUUUUACGCAGCAAAUAUACUAUUUUACAAGGAACACUCACAACAGAUUUUUUAAUAACUAACUCCAAAUCAACAAAACCAUUGAUAGAUAAGAUCCUUAGAGUAUCUGCUGCUCUUGUAAACUUAUGUCCUUCAAUUAUACCAUUUGAUUAG